AUGUCUCUGCCGCUUGUUCGAUUGCCCUCAGAUGGCCUCACCCCGGACGAAAGCCAGAAUCUCGUGCGCAGGUUCAUUGACAACGUCCUCGUUGAUCUACUUGACCAACUCUCUCUCUGCCCAUCUGAAGGAAGACCAUCGAUUACCCUCCGUCGCAGAUCCGGCCAAACACGAUGCACAAUCAAUCCAAAGACCGGAGCCCUUGAGUCGAGUAUCCACGCUGACACCUGUCUCUCCUAUUCAUGGCCCGGAAGAACAGCCUUUGAAUCGUGGAAGUUCACCGUGAUUCUCCGGAUAUUGUCCAUUAUUGAUGAGAUACUUCACACGGGCCAAUUGGUCUCGAAGAGGGAUAUUUACUAUAUCGACCCGGCAUAUUUCAAGUCGCAGCAGACCGUCAACACUAUAAUCGACGAUCUCGCUUUCACAAUUGGUGUGGACAGGACAUUCUUGAAUGUUGAAGCAGCCAGUAAAGGUCUCGUCGCCGGACGCUUCAGACUCGAGCGUGAGGGUACUAUCAUUGUGGAUGCGAAUAGCGGCGAAGACACGACAAUCCCUCGGGUGCAAGAUUCCGAUGUCAUCGAGAUUGAGAGGGCUCGAUGGAUCUUCAUAAUCGAGAAGGAGGCAGUCUUCCACCGGCUGGCCCGAAGCAAUUACCCUAAUCGAGCGAUUUCAGGCGAUGGAAUAUUGUUGACAGGCAAAGGCUAUCCAGAUAUUAGUACGCGCGAGUUUGCGCAUCGACUCUAUCUCAUUUCCAGAAAAUACGAGCGGCCGCCACGUUUUUAUGCCUUGGUGGACGGCGAUCCGCAUGGGAUGGCCAUUAUGUCCACGUACAAGUAUGGGUCCAUGGCACAUCUUCACGAGAAUGCCAAAUUGAGUCUUCCGGGUCUAGCGUGGCUGGGUAUUAGGGUUGCCGAUGCAAUCCUGGUGUCUGAAUCUCCUGGUGCUGGUCAAAUCCUCUCUCUGACGGCCAGUGACCGGAGAAAGAUUCUCGCCAUGCUUCGUAACAACCCAGUGUGGGCAAGUGACGGGCCAGAGCGGGAAUGGGUGGCUGAAUUACAGCGCAUGUUAUUGUUGAACGUCAAGUCGGAGAUUGAGAUGUUAUAUGAUCAAAAUGGUGGUCUUGAGGCUUGGAUUGAUCGUAAGUUGUUUCGUCAAGCGUGA